UCGUUGUAUUUGUACAUCACUACAAACGCUUUAAAUACUUGUGCAAAUCAAAUUGGAAAUUGUUAUCCCCUUUGAAUUUGUGAUUUUCUGGAAUGAGUACAAACACACCGUACUCUGUUCAAUCAAUAUGUCGAGUUUGCCUAGAAUAUAUCGAUAGUACUGUGUAUGACCUAUUCCUAUUACCAGAUCUUGCAAAGACGUUCACAGUAUGCACGUCGUUGCUGUUGGAUCCCCAAGACGGUUAUCCAAGGAAUCUCUGUUCCAGCUGUUACACCAGAGUAAACGACCUCCAUGACUUUCAGAAACUCUGUGUGUCUUCGGUGCAGCGCUUUAAGGAAAUGGUAGCCAGCAAACUUAUUAUAAAUGUGAAUCCAAUUGAUAUAUUCGAACCGCUACCGGUGGCCAGCAACGAGGAGCUCUUAGCCAAGGAUGAGCAUAUAAGCAGUGAAUAUGAUCCGUUAAGCCACAAAUUGGAGUUGAUAGACAAUGAAGAUGAUGUGUUUAAGAUGCUUGAGAACGUCGAUAAGGAUGCUGAAGAUGUAACUGGCCCAAAACAUAUCCUAAGUAAUUGCUCAUCCGAGUGCAGCAUCAGUGAAGAUGAUGUGCCUUUAGCACACCGCCUACUCGAUCAGAACAGCGAAACGGACAGUGAAGCAACGUGUGAGAGAGUAACCAAUUGCAAGUCAAAACGAAGGCGUAUUCCUGCGGACGAACGACAUCUUCAUCGUAUCAUCACCUGCCACGUUUGUCAGCAGAAAUUCAAGAAGCAAGUCAACUAUGAUGAGCAUAUGAAGCACCACAACGAACUGUUGCCCUUCCAGUGCCAUGUGGAGCAUUGCCAGAAGGGUUUCACCACAGCUGCCGCAUUGCGUCUGCACGUUGACUAUGCUCACACAAAAAGUGCCGCUGAGAUUCCUUGCACCGUGGAGGGCUGUAAGCUGCUGUUUCCGCGCAUGCGACUGCUGACAAUUCACCUGAAGAAGGUGCACAAUAUGUCACGGGAAAAUGUGCCACGGGCCGUGCAGCCGUGCCGGGAGUGUGGAAUGCAAUUCCGUUGCCCGGUGGCCCUUAAAAAGCAUAUGUAUAAACACACCGGGCAGCAGCUGCCCUAUCCGUGCAACAUUUGCGGCAAGGGCUUUCACAUCAAUAGCGCACUCAAGAACCAUUUGCUGCGCCACGCAGGCAUUAAGAACUAUGUGUGUCCCUAUUGUGGCGUGGGUAAGACCACACGGCAGGAGUGGAGCAAACACAUUCUCACCCACACACAAGAGAAGAUGUUCAAGUGUCAGAUCUGUGACCAUGCGACGCACACAAAGCGAGCAUUGGACAACCAUGUGAAGAUUGUGCACGAGAAGAUCAGGAAUUACGCGUGCCAAUAUUGUGGCAAGACCUUUGGAAAAUCACAUGCAUGCAAAAUCCACGAGAUGACCCACACGGGUGAGAAGCGUUGCGAGUGCAAGGUAUGUGGCAAGAAAUUCCUGUACACCGAAAGCUUAACCAAGCAUCUGAAGAUUCAUGAGAAGAGUGUGGAACGUGCCAUCGAGACGUAUCGGCAACGUCAAGUGGAACUCAGCAGUUCAACUGCUGAGGAGCGAUGCAGUGAAUCCAAAGCCAAAGACGAUGCCGAUGCAGCUGAUCAACUAUUGAAGGUCUGUGCCGAAUCAGUAGCUACCAUACCGCGGGAUCCAAGACGUGUGGAGCGCGUUGACAUCUCGCAGUUGGCAGGCACUGUAGUGAAUCCCAUACCUGCCGUCUUAGUGCCCUCCAAUACGCCAACGCGUAUUAACUUUGUGCAAAAGGAGGGCAUGCACUUCUGUCCGGGCUGUAAUCAGGGCUUCAACAACUUGGGUAAUAUGAAGCGGCAUUAUAAGAGCGUUCAUGAGAAGGUGAAGGACUUUGAGUGUCGCUUCUGCGCACGUCGUUUUGCCAACUCGCAAUCCCUCAAGCAGCACGAGUGGAUACACACAGGCGAAAAGCCAUAUGCCUGUCCGACCUGUAGCACCCAUUUCCGCCAGGAAGCCGCUCUAAUACGCCAUCAAAAGGUCCACGAACAGAAACCAAUAAAGCCGGCAAAACGCCCAAAGCUAAUUACAGAAAAGUUUCGGCAAAAGGAAUUGCAAAGAUGCGAGAAACGUCGCAAGGUCGAGGCACUGCGUCAAAAGAUCGCCGAGGCAGCUAAAGAAGAGUUACAGGAGCUGGCCAAGCAGCGGGAGCUGGUUAAGCAACAAAAUACCUACGAACAGUAUAAAGCGGCGGCUGCUGCAGCUGCCGAAAAGACUCAAGCAACAGAUGAAGUUGAUCUGCCCAGCUGAGAUGCUGUGCUUCCACAUUCCUUUUGAUACGGAAGAUGUUAUUGUUGGUUAAUAUUUAACUGCUAGUUAAGCGUACAAUAAAUAUAAAUGAAAA